GCAGGCACCACAGCCACUACUACUUCUGCUUUUCCCUGCCCAGCCAGGAACAUAAACCCAGAAACUCCAUCAGCAGGUUGGAGAGGCUGCCUCAUUGCCUGGCAAACCUGGGAUAAUUUAUUUCUCUCUUCAGAGUCACUUCUUCUCCCUGCUGUUAUUUAGGCUCUUUUUCCUACUUCAAAGUGAAUGAAACCAGGCUAAACUCUGAACGGGAAUGAAUGAAAUACAUACUGCUUGAGAAGAAGAAUCGCAUGAUUCUUGUGUAACAUCUGUGCAGCCUGAAACAAUGGUUUUGUCUGUCCCAGUUAUAGCUCUGGGUGCCACCUUGGGGACUGCAACUAGCAUCCUUGCCCUCUGCGGUCUCACCUGCUUCUGCAAAUGCAGGCGACCUAGGAAAGGACUCUCGGGAAAGGACCAAGACAUGGACACAGAAAAUGCUAAGCACAGUAUGCUUCAGCCAGUCCAGCAGUUCAGCGUUAAGAAGACGACUGAACCCAUCCAGCCUCGGACCCUCCUGAAGUUUCCCAACAUCUAUGGCCCAAAGCCAGUCGUGACUGCCCCAGAAAUUGUUAACUAUGUGGAUUAUGCCUGGAAGACAACUGAAGAGCCAACUAGAGGAAAAGAUGAAGUUCAGGAUCAGAACAGAAUGAAGAUACAAGUCAAUGAGGAGUUAUUUGUUCUCCCUCAAAAUGUUCCAGGUGCAGUAAAGGAUGUGUGUGUCACCGAACACCUGAACCCCGAGAAAGCAGCCAGCUGUAACCAGGUCCCUGAACUCCGCUAUUCCCUUGAGUAUGAUCGACAGAAAGCUGAGCUCUGUGUGGCCUUUCUUGAAGCUAUGCAUGGAAGCAUGAUAGGGGACCAGGAUGCUGGCUGUGACUGCUACAUCCUGGGCACCUUGGUGAGCAAGUCUGGCACCACAGAGGCCCAGACAGUGCUGAAGAAGAAAGUGCACCACAUCAUCUGGGAGGAAGCUCUGCUGUUCCCGUUAGCCGAGGAGGAGGUGCUAGAAGGGAUGCUGACUCUCACCUUGAGGAACUGCGACAGGUUCUCUAGGCACAGCAUUGUUGGGGAAAUUAAACUGAGCCUGGCUAAUGUGGGGGAACCCUUCAGAAUGGCACAGUGGGAGAAGCUGAAAACCCCUGAGAAGGAGCCGGAUGCAGGCUAUGGGGAGAUACUCCUCUCCAUCAGCUAUCUGCCAGCAGCAAACCGCCUGCUUGUGGUGCUCAUAAAAGCCAAGAACCUCCAUUCCAAACAGCUGAAAGAUCUCCUGGGAAAAGAUGUAUCUGUCAAGGUGACCCUGAAGCACCAGUCUCUGAAACUGAAGAAGAAGCAGACAAAGCGUGCAAAACACAAGAUCAACCCAGUCUGGAAUGAGAUGAUCAUGUUUGAAGUGCCCCAUGAGCUGCUACACGCCUCCAGCGUGGAGCUAGAAAUGCUAAGCCAAGAUGGCCUGGGGCAGAGCCAAUCACUGGGCAAAUGCAGCCUAGGUCUGCAUGCCACAGGCACAGAGAAGAACCACUGGGAGGAAAUGCUGAGGAACCCCAGGAGGCAGAUAGCCAUGUGGCACCAACUUCAUAUGUAGCCAUGCAAUCUCUGUCAUGACCAGCCAACUGCCUUUCAUACUGGGAGGUCUCCGAGUCAGGAGGAGUAAGCCAAGUUAUAUUUCAUCUUGCAGGAAUGUGAACCACACCCAUCCACAAAAUGACCAAUCACAGCAUUCUGUUAUGGACACUGCCUUUUUUGGGUUUCCUGCCACAAGGACUCUCUCAAGCUAGACCAGGCAAAGUCCUGGAGCCUACAUUGUAGGGAAGAGUCCUGAACUCUCUCCUAGGGAUGGAAUGCAUGACCCCAACAGACCUCUAACUUCUAUAAGGACAAGAUUCUGACACUGAAAAGCCGCUGGUGAAAAUAAAUGGGGACUGUCAGAUAGGCUUUUGUAUGUGUUAUAUUUAAAGGUGAGCUGAAAAGGGAAA